GUGGGGACCUGAGCUACUGCCAUGCCCGGGGAUGCCCCCCAGUACCAUGUCCCCAGCAGCCCUGGAGUGAUGUGCGGCUCGGUGCCCGGAGCGCAGCUGGCAACCGGAGUGUGACACCCACCUGCGAGAUCCCGGCGCCGGACACAUGUGCUGGAGGCUGCCCGCACUGGAUCACACUGAGACGCAGCCGUCGCACUCUCCAGCGAUUCCGCCCUGAGCCCCGCCCAGGCGCUGACGUCAUGCCCGUUGUUUUGGUCCGCCCGACCAAUCGGACGCGUUGCCUGGAUUCUACGGGAGCCGAGAUGGGCCCUUCCUCCCGUGCUGGGGACAUCCCCGUCGCUGACAGCAGCAGCACGCAUUGCGCUGGGUGCGCUGCCUCCUGGCGCUCCUGUAACAGCAGCAGCAGCUUUAUCAGCCCUGACAUGGAAACAGCGCUGCAGUUCCCGCCCGGCUACUUCCCAGAGCAGCAGCAGCAGCAGCAGCACAGCCCGGACCAGCAGCAGCAGGACAGCGGCGGCGGCCAGUGCCUCCAGUGCAACAGCUGCUCCUUCCACGGGGACCAGCUGCCCCUCCUGCGGUCCUCCUCUCCCAUCGCCGCCGGCGCUCUCCGCAGCAACUCCUCGCCGCUGUCUUCCUCCUCCUCCCGGCAGGGCAGCCAGCUCAACGUGAGUGAGCUGACGCCUUCCAGCCAUGCCAGUUCGUGCAGAGCUCAGUACCAGCAGCAGCACCAGUACCACCAGUGCCACAGCCGGCAGCAGCCGAGCCCCAGCGACAGCCAGCGCCGGGAGAGUAACCCCUUCACGGAAAUAGCCAUGAGCAGCUGCAGGUACAACGGCGGGGUCAUGCGGCCGCUCAGCAACCUCAGCGCAUCCCGCAGGAACCUCCACGAACUGGACUCGGAGUUCCAGCCGCUGCAGCCCGUCUCCAGCUCUGCCCCGGAGAUCGUCGUCUCCAAGCCCGAGCACCACUCCAACAACCUGGUGCCGUACGGAGGCUCCGGGCAGGCGGCGGCGGUGGGGGGCGGUGGGCAGUGCAGCAGCAGCAGCGGCGGGGGCAGCAAGUCCAGCAAGAAGAGGAACCAGAACAUCGGCUACAAGCUGGGGCACCGCAGGGCGCUCUUUGAGAAGCGCAAACGCCUGAGCGACUACGCGCUGAUCUUCGGGAUGUUCGGGAUCGUGGUCAUGGUCAUAGAGACGGAACUUUCCUGGGGAGCCUAUGACAAGGGCUCGCUGUAUUCAUUAGCUCUAAAAUGCCUUAUAAGCCUUUCCACGAUCAUCCUGCUUGGUCUUAUUAUUGUAUACCACGCAAGGGAAAUUCAGUUGUUCAUGGUGGAUAAUGGAGCUGAUGACUGGAGAAUAGCCAUGACCUAUGAACGCAUCUUUUUUAUCUGCUUGGAAAUACUGGUGUGUGCAAUUCAUCCCAUACCGGGAGAUUAUAAAUUCACAUGGACAGCACGACUUGCCUUUUCUUAUACUCCCUCCACGGCUACAGCUGAUGUGGAUAUUAUUUUGUCUAUACCAAUGUUCUUAAGGCUAUAUCUUAUUGCCAGAGUUAUGCUUUUACAUAGCAAACUUUUUACAGACGCUUCUUCUCGAAGCAUUGGAGCACUAAACAAAAUAAACUUCAACACACGUUUUGUAAUGAAGACUUUAAUGACAAUUUGUCCCGGAACAGUAUUGUUGGUUUUUAGCAUUUCAUUAUGGAUAAUUGCUGCAUGGACUGUCCGAGCCUGUGAAAGAUACCAUGAUCAACAGGAUGUUACUAGCAACUUUCUUGGAGCCAUGUGGUUAAUUUCAAUAACUUUUCUGUCGAUUGGAUAUGGUGACAUGGUACCAAACACUUACUGUGGAAAAGGAGUGUGUUUACUUACUGGAAUUAUGGGUGCUGGCUGCACUGCACUUGUUGUAGCUGUGGUUGCAAGAAAGCUAGAACUUACCAAAGCAGAGAAACAUGUUCACAAUUUCAUGAUGGAUACACAGCUCACUAAAAGAGUGAAAAAUGCAGCAGCUAAUGUUCUCAGGGAAACAUGGUUAAUAUAUAAAAACACAAAACUGGUCAAAAAGAUAGACCACGCAAAAGUGAGAAAACAUCAGCGCAAAUUCUUGCAAGCUAUCCAUCAGUUACGAAGUGUGAAAAUGGAACAACGGAAGCUAAAUGAUCAAGCUAACACCUUGGUGGAUUUGGCAAAGACACAAAACAUCAUGUAUGACAUGAUCUCCGAUUUAAACGAAAGAAGUGAAGACUUUGAGAAGAGGAUUGUUGUCUUAGAGACAAAGCUAGAGACAUUAAUUGGUAGCAUUCAAGCUCUCCCUGGACUGAUUAGUCAGUCAAUCAGCCAGCAACAAAGAGACUUGGUUGAAGCUCAGUUACAGAAUUAUGACAAGUAUGUUUCAUACAGCGUGGAACGAUCACGGUCUGUGUCAAGAAGGAGACGGUCUUCCUCUACGGCACCUCCAACUUCAUCAGAAAGUAGCUAGAAGGGAGUACAUUAACCAAAAAAGACUUUUUUUGCCAUCAUAUGGUCAAUAUUUUAGCUUUUAUUGUAAAGCCCUAUGGUUCUAAUCAGUGUUAUCUGAGUUCUGAUGUCAGAAUCUUAGAAACCUGAACACAACGUUUUAGGCCAAAUAGAGUGAAAACUCUCUUAUUUCUUUCAGAUGCACAGUGAAUGCACCUACCAUUACUAUAUAGAUUGUUUCUCCGGUUUCACUAACUUUUUAUUCAUGCACUUCAAACAAACUUUAUUACUACAUAGUAUAAUAAAAUAUUAAUAUCUGAACAUGAUUGUAUGGUCACUUCUGUUCAUACAAUGGGUUCUGCUUAUAUUAGGCAAGUUUAUAAGAAGAUAACUGAGUGAUAUGUACCAAUGUGAUUUUUAUAAAAUUAUUUAAUUAUGAAUUUUAAAAAGUAGUUUGACAGAGAAAAAGGCCUAGUUAUUUUUUUAACCAUACUAAUAGGAUAUAAUAAUAAUAAAUACAUAACAAUACCUUUAGACUUUGCCUUAAUAAACAUAUAGUUCUCAGUUGUAGAUUUAUCCAGGCUUGAAUAAAGUUUCUGUUUUUCAAAUGUUUUCCCUUUUUUUCUUCUUCUUUUUUUUAAAUAAAGUUAAUAUAUGAUGCUGGUCA